AUGGACGCCGGCGCCAUGGGCGCCCUGCCGACGCGCGACGAGCUCUUCGACGUCCUGCUCAAGGGCAAGCAGUUGGAGCAGACGAUGAAGGACCGCCAGGCCGGCGGCGGCGCUAAGAGCGGCCGUUAUAAAAAGCACGACACGGCUCGACUUCGGUGUCUGCGUCGCGUCGUCUACCCGCGGCUCAAGAUGGGCAUCCUGCCGUCGGCGACGGACAGCAAGAUGCUCUUCGACAUGCCGGGCGUGGCCGAGCUCGUCGUGGGCCGCCUCUUCCAGUCGACGGCCUGGAGCGAGCACGACGAGCGCAGGCGCGUCGCCGACUUCGAGGCCCUCGACCACGACCUGCGCGCCGCCAUCGGGAUCGCCGUCCGGGACGCCUCCGCGCAGACGACCGCGGACGACGAGCGCGACGCCCUCGGGCUAGCCGCGGAGACGCUCGAGAGCCUGGCGGCCUUGGUCUAG